CCGCCCGCAGCCCCCGCCGCGGAGCCAUGUCGGCCAGCAGCCUCCUGGAGCAGAGACCCAAGGGCCAAGGCAACAAAGUGCAAAACGGCUCUGUGCACCAGAAGGAUGGGCUGAAUGAUGACGACUUUGAGCCCUAUCUGAGCCCCCAGGCCCGCCCGAACAAUGCAUACACUGCAAUGUCUGAUUCCUACUUACCGAGCUACUUCAGCCCCUCCAUCGGAUUCUCCUACUCCCUAGGGGAGGCUGCCUGGUCCACGGGGGGAGACCCCCCCAUGCCCUACCUGACCUCGUACGGACAGCUGAGCAACGGGGAGCCCCACUUCCUCCCUGACGCCAUGUUCGGGCAGCCGGGGGCCCUGGGCAGCACCCCCUUCCUCGGGCAGCACGGCUUUAACUUCUUCCCCAGCGGGAUCGACUUCUCAGCCUGGGGCAACAACAGUUCUCAGGGACAGUCCACUCAGAGCUCGGGCUACAGCAGCAACUACGCCUAUGCCCCCAGCUCGCUGGGGGGGGCCAUGAUCGACGGGCAGUCGGCCUUCGCCAGCGAGACCCUCAACAAGGCCCCCGGCAUGAACACCCUGGACCAGGGCAUGGCGGCCCUCAAGCUGGGCAGCACGGACGUGGCCAGCAGCGUCCCCAAGGUGGUGGGCUCGGCCGUGGGCAGCGGCUCCAUCACCAGUAACAUCGUGGCCUCCAGCAGCCUCCCCCCGGCCACCAUCGCGCCGCCCAAGCCGGCCUCGUGGGCCGACAUCGCCAGCAAACCCGCCAAGCAGCAGCCCAAGCUCAAGGCCAAGAACGGCAUCGCCGGCUCGAGUCUUCCGCCGCCCCCCAUCAAACACAACAUGGAUAUCGGCACCUGGGACAACAAGGGCCCCGUGGCCAAAGCCCCGGCGCAGGCCCUGGUGCAGAACCUGGCGCAGCAGCCGGCGCAGGGGUCCCCGCAGCCCGUGGGCCAGCCCAUGGCCGGCAGCCCGCCGGUGGCCCAGGCUGCGGGCGGGCAGCAGCCGCCGGCCCCGCUGCCCGUGCCCCCGGCGCAGCCGGCCCCGCUGCCCAUGCCCCCGGCACAGCCCACCCGCUGGGUCGCCCCCCGCAACCGCGGCGGCGGCUUUGGCCAGAACGGCGUGGACGGUAACGGGGUGGGGGCGGCCCAGACCGGCUCCGGCUCCCCUUCGGAGCCGCACCCGGUCCUGGAGAAGCUGAGGUCCAUCAACAACUACAACCCCAAGGAUUUUGACUGGAACCCGAAGCACGGGCGGGUGUUCAUCAUCAAGAGCUACUCGGAGGACGAUAUCCACCGCUCCAUCAAGUACAACAUCUGGUGCAGCACGGAGCACGGCAACAAGAGACUGGACGCGGCCUAUCGCUCCAUGAACGGCAAGGGCCCCGUGUACUUACUGUUCAGCGUCAACGGUAGCGGCCACUUCUGCGGCGUGGCAGAGAUGAAAUCUGCUGUGGACUAUAACACCUGUGCAGGGGUGUGGUCCCAGGACAAGUGGAAGGGACGCUUUGAUGUCAGGUGGAUUUUUGUGAAGGACGUUCCCAACAGCCAGCUGAGGCACAUCCGCCUAGAGAACAACGAGAAUAAACCAGUGACCAACUCCAGGGACACUCAGGAGGUGCCUCUGGAAAAGGCUAAGCAGGUGUUGAAAAUCAUUGCCACCUACAAGCACACCACCUCCAUCUUUGAUGACUUCUCACACUACGAGAAACGCCAAGAGGAGGAGGAAAAUGUUAAAAAGGAACGCCAAGGUCGUGUCAAGUAAAAAGGCCAUUCCUCCCCAGAGACUGCAGCAGAGAUUGCAUCCCAGUUAUCCUUCAGAGAGGCAAAGGAAAGGAGCAAGAGUAUCCCAGAGAGAAUUAGGACUUUUUUUUUGGUUUUUGUUUUUUUUUCUUAAUUUCAUUGACUU